GACUAGUUCCGCCUCACUGACUCACUGGGCCACCCUGGUGCCAAAAAGGAAAAGAAAUGUAAGAACUCUCGGCCAUCCCCAAGUAACCGCUGCGGCGCGCCUAGCGAGGGGAGCAAAGUAGUGGUGGCAUGGCACUGAGGAGUUCGCUCCCAGUUCUCCUCCGGGGCAAGCACGCGGCGGCAGUCUUUGGGUCGCUGAAGCCGUUAUCCGCGCUCGCCUCGGCGGCUCGGCUGGAGGAUGACUGCGCCGACACCUGCAACGCUCCCGGCGCGCGCCAGGCGCUCGACGGAAUGCCCAGCCGGGACGCCGCAGCGGGAUCGAGCUCCAACCCCGUCGCCAUCGUCGACUACGGGCGACGCGGGAAGGGACGCGGGGAGGCGCUGGACCAUUUCGUGGAUGUGCACCGGUGCGGGCGCGUCCAAGGCGCCGCGGUGUCCCGCGUUCUCAAGGUGUGCGGGUUGAUCCCGGACAGGGUUUCCGGGGAGCAGCUGCAUUGUUUGUGCGUCAAGUGCGGGUUCGAUCGGGCGGAGGUCGGCGUCGGCACGGCGCUCGUCGACAUGUACAUGAAGUGCGGCGGCGUUGAGGACGGGAGGGUGGUGUUCGAGGGGAUGCCCAAGAGGAAUGUCGUCACGUGGACUUCGCUGCUUACAGGGUAUGUCCAGGGCCGGGCGUGUUCGGAUGUCAUGGCGCUCUUCUUUAGGAUGCGCGCCGAGGGGGUAUGGCCGAAUCCGUUCACGUUCACGAGUGUUCUCUCUGCGGUGGCGAGCCAGGGCGCGGUCGAUCUUGGACGGCGUGUGCAUGCUCAGUCGGUUAAGUUUGGAUGCCGCUCGACUGUGUUUGUCUGUAAUUCUCUGAUCAACAUGUACUCCAAGUGUGGGUUGGUUGAAGAAGCCAAGGCUGUGUUUCGUCAGAUGGAGACCAGGGACAUGGUGUCAUGGAACACGUUGAUGGCAGGACUUUUGUUGAAUGAGCAUCAACUGGAAGCCCUGCAGCUGUUCCAUGACUCACGAGCAAGUAUGGCGAAGCUGUCACAGUCGACCUACUCCACGGUGAUCAAGUUAUGUGCUAACCUCAAACAGCUGGCCCUGGCACGGCAGCUCCACAGCUGUGUGUUAAAACACGGGUUCCAUUCAGAUGGCAAUGUAAUGACAGCCAUUAUGGAUGCCUACAGCAAAUGUGGUGAACUGGAUGAUGCCUUCAACAUAUUUUUACUGAUGCCAGGAUCUCAGAAUGUCGUUUCAUGGACUGCUAUGAUAGGUGGGUGCAUUCAGAAUGCUGAUAUUCCUCUUGCUGCUGCUCUUUUUAGCCGGAUGAGGGAAGACAAUGUCAAGCCAAAUGAGUUCACCUACUCGACAGUGCUCACAGCAUCAAUACCCAUCUUGCUGCCCCAAAUUCAUGCCCAGAUUAUCAAGACCAACUACCAGCAUGCACCAUCUGUUGGAACUGCACUUCUUGCCUCGUACUCAAAGCUUGGCAACACUGAAGAAGCCCUCUCUAUAUUUAAAAUGAUUGACCACAAGGAUGUUGUUGCAUGGUCUGCAAUGUUGUCUUGCUAUUCCCAAGCUGGCGACUGCGAUGGUGCCACAAAUGUUUUCAUCAAGAUGUCCAUGCAAGGCAUGAAGCCAAAUGAGUUCACUAUCUCUAGUGCCAUCGAUGCCUGUGCUAGUCCAACCGCUGGGAUUGACCAGGGUAGGCAGUUCCACGCUAUUUCGAUUAAGUACAGAUACCAGGAUGCAAUCUGUGUAGGCAGUGCGCUUGUCACCAUGUAUGCAAGAAAAGGCAGCAUUGACAGUGCUCGAAUUGUCUUUGAGAGGCAAACAGAUAGAGACUUGGUGUCAUGGAACUCGAUGAUAUCAGGGUAUGCGCAGCACGGUUAUAGUAAGGAGGCCCUUGAUACAUUUCGACAGAUGGAAACUGUGGGCAUCGAGAUGGAUGGUGCCACAUUCCUCGCAGUUAUUGUAGGAUGCACCCAUGCUGGCCUUGUAAAAGAAGGCCAGCAGUACUUUGAUUCUAUGGUCAUGGACCAUAAUAUCAGUCCCACCAUGGAGCAUUAUUCGUGCAUGGUGGAUCUCUAUAGCCGUGCUGGUAAGCUAGACGAAACAAUGAACCUUAUAGAAGGCAUGCCAUUCCCAGCAGGUGCAAUGGUAUGGCGCACAUUGCUAGGUGCUUGCAGAGUUCACAAGAAUGUUGAGCUUGGGAAGCUUGCUGCACAGAAGCUUCUAUUACUUGAGCCGGAUGAUUCAGCUACAUAUGUGCUGCUCUCCAAUAUUUAUGCGGCUGCAGGGAGGUGGAAAGAGAGGGAUGAAGUGAGGAAGCUCAUGGAUUCUAAAAAGGUGAAGAAAGAAGCUGGAUGCAGCUGGAUUCAGAUCAAGAACAAAGUCCAUUCCUUUAUAGCCUGUGACAAAUCACAUCCUUUGUCUGAGCAGAUAUAUGCAAAGCUCAAGGCAAUGACAACCAGGUUGAAACAAGAAGGUUAUUGUCCUAACACUAGCGUUGUGCUUCAUGACAUAGCAGAAGAGCAGAAGGAAACCAUGUUGGUUAUGCACAGUGAGCGUCUAGCUCUUGCCUUUGGCCUGAUAGCUACACCACCAAGGACACCCCUUCAGAUUGUCAAAAAUCUGCGGGUGUGUGGGGACUGCCAUAUGGUAAUGAAGAUGGUUUCAUUGAUUGAGGAUAGGGAGAUCAUCAUGCGAGACUGCAGCAGGUUCCACCACUUCAAUGCUGGGGCCUGCUCCUGUGGUGAUUUCUGGUGAAUGGAGCACAAAACAUAAGGACGAUGGAUACAGUACACUGGCAAUGCCAUGCUCAAACAAUAUCACUUGCAAUCUGACUCUGGGGUAAACGGAUAUGGGUUGUCUUAAGCUGAUGUCAGCUACAAGCCUACAAGUAGUCGUUCUGCUCGCCUGUUUGCAGGUCAGCAUAACUGCGAUUUCAGCUGGAACGCCAGCAAGGUGAAGGACAAUCUGUGCAGGCUGGAGAUAAUAACCAUGGUGCAGCGUUGCAGAUUCCAGAGUUACUGCUGAGUUCACCAGGGGCUUGAAAUUUCAGCAGUUUAGCUCAGUUUCUCUGGCAGGAAUCUUUUUAUUUCUUGUAGCCUCUUAUCUUAUGUCUUCCUGUUCUCUUUCGUUGCCGCUAGUAUUUGAAUACAUGUGUCUGAUUGAUAUCGUCUUGUUGCCAUUCUAUGUAGUCUGAAAUUGCAUUAAGUAUAUGCAGAUUCUGAAUAGCGAUCUAAUGUAGUGGAGCAGAAUUUUAUUGAUUCUAUGUAUAUUGAGCAGA